ACACACUGAUGAGUCCGAACUAAGUAUCGAGUCUUGGACAGACGUCUUCAUUCAAGACAGCUUGGUGGAAGAAGGUGACUGGCAGAGGUCUACCUUCCCAAUCGCGGUUGUGUUUCCCCCACCCCCCGCCCCCCUCCCCUCCGGACGUUCAAAACUGUUUCUUCAAAGACUGCUCCAAACAAUUUCAAGACUGUAUCCCAAAGUAGAAAAGCAGCAGUCCCAGGCGCUGGCAAUGGGAAGCGUGCGUGCCAACCGCUACAGUAUCGUGUCGUCGGAAGAAGAUGGCAUGAAGCUGGCUACCAUGGCUAUCGCCAACGGUUACGGGAACGGCAAAAGCAAGGUGCAUACUCGGCAGCAAUGCCGGAGCAGGUUUGUGAAGAAAGACGGCCAUUGCAACGUCCAGUUUGUGAACAUGAGCGAGAAGGGGCAGCGCUACCUGUCGGACAUCUUCACCACCUGCGUGGACAUCCGCUGGAGGUGGAUGCUGGUCAUCUUCUGCCUGUCCUUCAUCUUGUCCUGGCUGCUGUUCGGCUGCAUGUUCUGGCUCAUCGCGCUGAUGCACGGUGACCUGGACAACAAGGGGGAGCACAAGCCGUGCGUGUCAGAGGUGAAGAGCUUCACGGCCGCCUUCCUCUUCUCCAUCGAGACGCAGACCACCAUUGGGUAUGGCUUCCGCUGUGUGACGGAGGAGUGCCCCAUCGCCGUGUUCAUCGUGGUCUUCCAGUCCAUUGUGGGCUGCAUCAUCGACGCCUUCAUCAUCGGCGCGGUGAUGGCCAAGAUGGCCAAGCCCAAGAAGAGGAACGAAACGCUCAUCUUCAGCGAUAACGCGGUGAUCGCCAUGAGGGACGGCAAGCUGUGCUUAAUGUGGAGGGUGGGAAACCUGCGCAAAAGCCACUUGGUGGAAGCCCACGUUCGUGCCCAGUUGCUGAAAUCGAGAAUAACUCCAGAGGGAGAGUAUAUCCCCUUGGAUCAGGUGGACGUCAACGUUGGCUUUGACAGUGGAAUAGACAGGAUAUUCCUGGUGUCCCCCAUUACCAUCGUACAUGAGAUUGACGAGGAGAGUCCCUUUUAUGACUUGAGCAAGCAAGAUCUGGACAACGCGGACUUUGAGAUCGUUGUGAUCCUGGAGGGGAUGGUGGAGGCCACGGCCAUGACCACCCAGUGCCGGAGUUCCUACCUCUCCACCGAGAUCAUCUGGGGCCACCGGUUCGAGCCGGUGCUCUUCGAGGAGAAGAACUACUACAAGGUUGACUACUCCCGCUUCCACAAAACCUACGAGGUGCCCAACACGCCCCUCUUCAGCGCCAGGGACCUGGCGGAGAAGAAGUACAUUCUCUCCACGCCCAACACGUUCUGCUACGAGAACGAGGUGGCCCUGAUGAACAAGGACGAGGAGGCGAGCGAGGGCGGCGUUCCCGAGAGCCCGAGCGCGGAGACUCAGACCAACACGGACCAUAACCAGGCCACAGUCCCCUUAGAACCUCGCCCGCUUCGGCGAGAGUCGGAAAUCUAAAUACCUAAAAGUAUGUUUUUAAAAAACGUUUUUAAAGAGAGUAUCUUUCUCAAAGCAAACCGUGCUUACCGAGGCCGGGAAUACGCCAACCAGGAAAGGGUACUGUUGACGUUAGGGAUUUGCUCAAAGCAAAAAUGCUGCUGAUUUAGGUGAGGUGAGCGCUCGGCAGAAGUUCAGAUCUUUCAAACAAAGCACUAAAGCAUACACUCUGACGCGACGUGAAGGCACAUAAUAACUAACGUAUGCUGGUAGCAUACCCAAACCAUAUAGCAAAACUUGAACGUUGCAGGAAGGACUGGGUGGCAUUAUUAUAAAGGAUGGCUUUCAAUGGAAACUUGUAAAUCUGCUCUGCUCUGAAUGAUUUAACGGAAUACCUGAAAGUACAGUGGCCACUACAUUAAUGAUUUUCAUAGACAACGGCCUUGCUGUUAAUAAGUGAAACUGCAGCUCAGAUAAUAUUUAUUUUCUAGGGUUUCUUUAUUGAUUUAUUGUGAACAAAACACAAAUCAGUAUUUAUGAUUCUUGUGGGGUUUAUUUUUGAGUAUCAUUAAUUGGAAAGUGAUUUGGAUUUUAUUUUCCCAUCGUUUUCUUGAAAAUUGACUCAUUUUACUUUCCGGAGAAUGGGGUAACUUGGUUCUCAAUUGUAGUGACCCAGUCACAACUAUUAUGAUCUCUCCAAAGAAUAUGGGUCCAUUACUAAUCAGAAACACUUUCAGGUAUCUUUACAUAGAAACAUAGAAUUGGUGCAGGAUUAGGCCAUUCGGCCCUUCGAGCCAGCACCGCCAUUCUAUAUGAUCAUGGCCGAUCAUCCAAAAUCAGUACCCCGUUCCUGCUUUCCCCCCCAUAUCUCUUGAUUCUGUUAGCCCAAAGGGCCAAAUCUAACUCUCUCUUGAAAACAUCCAGUGAAUCAGCCUCCACUGCCUUCUGUGGCAGAGAAUUCCACAGAUUCACAACUGUCUGGGUGAAAACGUUUUCCAUCAUCUCAGUCCUAAAUGGCCUACCCUUUAUUUUUAAACUGUGUGACCCCCUGGUUCUGGACUCCCCCCAACAUAGGGAAUAUUUUUCCUGCAUCUAGCCUGUCCAAUCCCUUAAGAAUUUUUUAUGUUUCUAUAAGAUCCCCUCUCAUUCUUCAUACAUUCAUCUCUACUUUAAUCAUUCCCACUCACCAUCCCAGGGUAAUCAAUUAUAUCCAGUUGGUGAAGGGCGUAACAAGUUACUCUGACAGUAACAGUUGGGGCGCCUCAGUUGUCGUAGCGGGAGAGUUGGUGCCUCACGGCGCAGGAGACCCGAGUUCGAUCCUGACUACGGGCUUGUACAUUUUGUGUAUACUCCGUACAGACAGCACCCGAAGCCAGGAUCGAACCCGGGUCUCUGCCGCUGUGAGGCAGAAACACUACCCGCUGCGCCACCGUGCCGCUCUAAACCUGAUACCUGCUCUCUGAUGGACAGUCAAUGCAACAGAUCUAUCAGCUCCACAUCUGUAAUGAUGAUUUCAGCAGGAUUUACUAAAUUAACACAUCAGGCCAGCUCCUAGUUAUGCUAAGGUCCACUGGACUUCCUGGUAUUCACACUUUCGAUAUCAUUUUGUUUUGAAACAUGCACGAUUUUAAGAGUAAGCUUUUAAGGUUGUUCGUUGUUAAGUCGAACGUCGAGGGCAUUGGAAGUAAGAAAACAUUUCUCUCUUUUUUAAAAUUACCAGUAUUCCUUGGGGAAAAAAAAAACACGUUAGAUUAACUCGGGCUCCUUCUGAGUUAGGGACGAAGGGGGUUGCUGACUUACCAAGAGUAGAUAUUAUAGCGGUUUCUUUAACCACGAGUUGUCUUCUCGUCUAUGUUCAGCUCUGGCGGCUGAGAAGGCGCUUGAAACCUCUUGCUUAGGAAAGUGGCAGGCCUUUACGGUGGCCCCCAAGCGAUCAACGACCCACUGGAAGCCAAGGGCAACGAGGUGGGUUGUCGUGGGUUGGAGUUCAAUUCGGGACGAGGGUGGGAUCGGGAGGAGGGGAGGCAGAAAGCCUUUGGAUGAAGGAAGCAACACACACACUCACACACGCGUGACUGAUUAGUUGAAGUACAGAGAGACAAAACGCACAAGGCACGAAGAUGGAUGCCAGUCAGUAUAUUCAAUAUAGAGAUGCAUAAAUACUGCACCUGCUGCUAAAACUGGUUCCUCAGAGUGGAAUUUCAACCAAAGAGUAUUUAAACCAGCAAACAAUGCAAUGGGGAGAAGAGCGAGACACAAAGGAGCCAGCUUACAUCACUUUGGAUUCGCCCUGCUAAAUGCUGCCAUUUCACUGAAGAGAAUUUAGCACAUUUAAAAAAUAAAAAUAUAUAUAUAUGUUUUUAAAAAAAAAGUUUAAAAGAAAAACUUCCUUGAACACUUCGGGUCUCAAAGUCGCCCGGCUCAUAUUUAUCAGGAAAACGAAAGAAACAGCAUUUGUAGGAAAAAAAACCUCUUGCAAUAUAUAUAGUUUUAAAACAAAAUGUACAGUUUAUAAAAGUUUAACAGAUAUUUUCAUAUUUAAAGCCAAAUGUAAAUAGAUUGAACGUAAGUUGCCACGAGGAUUAAAACUGGCAGUUUCAGUACUUGUAUCAACAGUAAGGACCUAGUAGCUGCUGGUUAGCGCAGGUUAUUUGAUUUUAAACAUUGUUCAAGCUGAGUAAGGCUUGUAACAACUAUGAACUUUCAUUAUUUAUUAUUUAAGCAUGACAUGAAAUUAAAACUCAUAGAAUAUCUUAAAGGCAUUUUAAAAGUUUUGAAAGUUAAAAAAAAAAGGACUGGUUAGAAGGCUGACAAAGUGGACAAGCUCGUCUAACUCUAAUGCACUCUUUCUGCGAGAUAUUUCCACGAAAGAUGUUUAUUUUUCGCCUCCCUACGAGGCGCGUUGGGAUAACAGAAAAAUUGUGAAGUACUGUAAUGUUUAUAAUGUAUAGCUGCUCGCGACCAUUUAAAUUAUUUAGUGAGACGUGGUGGUAUUCUCUCAGCCGGUAAGAUUUGUCAUCUUAUCAACUCCACAGUGUUCCUCAAAACACUUGUAGCUUGGACGAGCUGCGUUUUGGAUGAUAAUUCUUGAUUUUAUUGUACUUUGUCCCAUUUUUUGCAACUUUUUUUUUUAUUGAUGUCUUCCUACUGUACUGCACAGAUCCGCCAUUUGUACAGAUUUUUUAAAAAUAAAAUGUAUGUCUUAUUUUAUGGUUGAAAUAAAUUUUGUUGUGAAACAUUAAA